UUCUGCUCGCUGGCGCUUCGCUCUCCUCUCCUCCUGAAGCGAGUUUGAUGGAAACAUGACCAAAGCUGCGACCGGACCGGUUCUCCUCCUGCUGCUGCUGCUGCUUUCAGCGGGGUUUCUGUCUGCGGAGCCCGGACAGCCAGGCCGGUAUUUCGGGCAGAUUCCCGAGAACUCUCCAGCCGGGACGGCGGUGGACGGGGUGCUGCUGCCGCUCUUAGCCGGCGGAUGCCCCGGUGCGGACCUGGAUACCGGGCUGAGGGGGGAAUACGCGUCGGAUUUCAGGCUCGUUCACCAUCGGGGACACCGGGAACACCGCGGGCAUCUGGGCCUGAUCUCCACCAAGCCUCUGGAUCGGGAGUUUAUAGCCAUGUACGAGCUGACGGUGGCUCUGCCGGGCUGCCUGAGGAGACCUGCCGCCGUCCAGGUCGAGGUGUCGGACAGGAACGACAACAUCCCCCGGUUCACCAGCGGAAACAAGACGAUAGAGGUGGAUGAGCUGACGCCGGUCGGUACCGAGCUGGUCUGCUUCGACGCAAGAGACGGAGACGCGGAGAUGAAUGGACGCGUCAGCUUUUACGCGUCGCCGGAGUCUCGCCUGGUCCACGUGGUUCCCCAGACCGGACAGGUGCUGCUCGCUGGGCCACUGAGGGGCAUCAGGCGGGUCACGGUGCGCCUUUACGCCAAAGACAACGGAGAUGUGGCGCUGAUCAGCCAGCCGGUGACUCUGCGCAUCCUCGUCCGCAGCGCCGCCGGGUCCAGUGCGCGGCGACCCCGGGCGCUCUCCGAGGAGUUGGCCUACACUGUGACCGUGCCGGACAGCGUCAGAGUCGGGGACCUGGUGUUCACCGUGCCGGACCAGAGGUUCGACCAGCGCUGGUUCGAGGUGAUUUCCGAGACCGACUCGCCGGUCCAGAUUGAGCGGGACUCCGGGCGCCUCUACCUGGCGCGCAGCCUCCGCGCCCCCACCGAGGUGGUGGUGAAGAUCCAGAACCUCCGAGGUGAGGAGCGCUACCUGUGCCGGCUCACGCUGAGCACGCCCAGCCAGGCCGACCUGCAGUGGGCCAUGUUCCCCUCGCCCUACCUGGCCGCCGUGGGGCCCGACGCCACGCCCGGCUCCGUCGUCUACCGCCUGUCGGCACGGCAACGAGACGGGACGCAGGGACACGCCCAGUUCCUGCUGCUGGACGGCGGCGACGAGUGCUUCGAGGUGGACCGGCGCUCCGGCGAGGUCAGGACGACGGGCCGACCUCUGACCCCCAGCAGGGAGUACCUGCUGCGCGUGCAGGCGGUGGAUGGGCGGGGCAGGAAGGGGCCCCCCGCCACCGUGGCCGUCCUGGCCGGCUACCGCCCCCCGCAGUUCACCAACGCCACCUACAGCCUGACGGUGGCCGAGAACACGGCCGUGGGGCAGACUGUGGCCCUGGUGCAGGCUGUGUCCUUCCAGAAGAAGACUCUGUCCUACAUGCUGCUGCUGAACCCGGGGAACCUGUUCAGCGUGCACCAGGAGAGCGGCGCGCUCAGCCUCACCAGGACCGUCGACUACGAGAGCGGACACACCCUGCACACGCUGCAGGUCCGCGCGUCCGAGCCCGACACCGGCCUGAGCGGGGUGGCCGAGGUGGUGGUUCACAUCACAGAUGAGAACGACUGCACACCUGAGUUCCUGCACUCCAUCUACACCAGAGACAACGUCCCUGAAAGCACCGCGACGGGAACCUCCCUGCUGCAAGUCUUGGCCAGAGACUGUGACUCGGGUCUGAACUCGGAGCUCUCGUACUUCGUUCACGGCGGCGGCGGUGACUUCGACAUCACAGCGGGGGGCGUGGUCAGCCCCGCCCGUCGCCUGGACUACGAGCGGCCCAAUCACGCGUACGAGUUCGUGGUGGUCGCCGUGGACGCGGGCACGCCCCCCCGCACAGGCUCCGCCUCUGUCCGCAUCCGCGUCGCCAACAGCAACGACGAGUCGCCCAUCUUCUCCCAGAGCGUGUACAAGACGUUCCUCAGUGAGGACGCGGGUCCCGACACGCUGGUCGCCAUCGUCCACGCCAACGACCCCGACGGAGACGGCGUGUCCUACGCCAUCACCGGGGGCAACGAGGACAGCAACUUCCUGCUGGACAACCAGAAGGGCAUCAUCAAGCUGCGGCGUAGCCCCGCCCCCCGGCUCAGGGGGCCGCAGUACGUCCUCAACAUCACCGCCACGGACGACAACGCAUCGGGGGGGCCGCACCCGCUCAGCAGCUCCGCCCAGGUCAUCGUGGGAAUCAACGACAUCAACAACAACAAGCCCGUCUUCCACGAUUGUCAGAACUACAGCCUGAACGCCGCCGUGCUGGAGAACGAGCCGCCGGGGACGUUCGUCCUGCACGUGCAGGCGCACGACGCCGACAUGGGCGUCAACGGGGAGGUGAAGUACGGCAUCAUGCACCGGGACGGAGUGUCGUCUGGCUUCGACAUCGACCCCGACACCGGUGUGAUUCGUACGGCGGCGAGCUUCGACCGCGAGCGCCAGCGGGAGUUCACUCUGUCGGUGACGGCCACCGACCAGGCGGACGAGCCGCUCAUCGGCAUCUGUCAGAUCACCGUGCUGAUCGCCGACCAGAACGACAACGAGCCCAAGUUCGAGAACAGCCGCUACCAGUACUUCCUGCGGGAGGACACGCCGGUGGGAACUAGUUUCCUCCGGGCGGCGGCGCACGACGACGACCAGGGCAGCAACGCGGCCAUCACCUACUCGCUGUCCAAUCAGAAGCCGGCGUACCUGCACAUCAACCCCGGCACCGGCUGGAUCUACGUCAACCACCCCAUCUCCCAGACGUCCAGGAUCAGCCAGCAGAUUGUGGCGUCGGACGGCGGCAACCGCAGCAGCUCGGUGGAGCUCACCGUCAUCAUCACCAACGUCCACAACCAGCCGCCCACCUGGGAGCAGCCCGAGUACUGGGUCACCGUGCCGGAGAACACCGCGCGAGACGCCAAGAUCGUGACGGUGAAGGCCACCUCGCCGCUCGGUGACCCCCGGGUGACCUACAACCUGGAGGAGGGCCAAGUGCCGGAGACCAACAUGCCGGUGCGCUUCUACAUCAAGCCGAACCGCGCCGACGGCUCCGCCUCCAUCCUGGUGGCCGAGAACCUCGACUACGAGACGACGCGCUUCUUCACGCUGCGAGUCCGCGUGCAGAACGUGGCCGCAGUGCCGCUCGCCUCCUUCUGCACGGUCUACGUCAACGUGACCGACGUGAACGACAACGUUCCUUUCUUCCUGUCGUCCACGUACGAGGCGACGGUUCCCGAGGGAGCGGAGAUCGGCACGUCGGUGCUGCAGGUCUCAGCCACGGAUCUGGACUCGGGUCUGCAUGGCCUGGUCAGCUAUGUGAUCCUGAAGGACGAGAGCGGCGACUCCCAGUUCUUCAGCAUCGACUCUCGCAGCGGCGUCAUCUCCAGCCGAGCCUCGUUCGACCGCGAGCAGAAGGCCUCGUACCUGAUCGAGGUGCAGUCGCAGGACGGCUCCGAGUCGGCCAGGCCGGGCCAGCAGGGCCAGCCCAACACCGACACGGCCUACGUCAGGAUCUUCGUCACCGACGUCAACGACAACGCGCCGGCGUUCGCCCGGCCGCUGUACGAGGUGAGCGUGGAGGAGGACAAGGAGGUCGGCUUCGUGCUCAUCACCGUCACCGCCAACGACGAGGACGAGGGUGCCAACGCCAAGCUGCGCUACCAGAUCACGGCGGGCAACACCAUGGGCAGCUUCGACGUGGAGCCCGAGGUGGGCACCGUCUUCGUGGCCCAGCCGCUGGACUACGAGAUGGAGCGGCGCUACGAGCUGCGGCUGGUCGCCUCCGACGGGAAGUGGGAGAACGAGACGCUGGUGGUGGUUCAGGUCGUCAACCGCAACGACGAGGCGCCCGUCUUCGGCCAGAGCGAGUACCACGCCGCCGUCACCGAGGAGCUCACCCAGCUGCCCGUCUUCAUCCUGGAGGUGUCAGCCACCGACCCGGACCAGGAGGCCGACCAGACGGCGCUUCGCUACUCCCUCCACGGUCAGGGCGCUGGAGGCGAGUUCAGCAUCGAUGAGCGCUCCGGGAGGAUCUACGCCCAGCGGCGCCUGGACCGCGAGGAGCGCCCGGCCUGGAGGUUCCUCGUUCUCGCCACAGACGAAGGAGGGGCGGGACUCACGGGUUUCGCCGACGUGCUGUUGGAGGUGCGCGACGUCAACGACAACGCGCCGUUCUUCCCGUGCCCGGCGCCGGACGCAGACGGGUGUUUCGUCGGCCACGUGCCCGAGAACUCGCCCGCCGACACCUCCGUCAUGGAGAUGCGCGCCAUGGACUUGGACGACGCCAACGAGGGCAAGAACGCCGUGAUGACCUACAGCAUCAUCCAGAACGUCCGCAACGAGAUCAACCUCAACCUGUUCUCCAUCAACGCCACCACGGGGACCAUCUACACGGUGCUGCGCUCCCUGGACCGCGAGGCGGAGGAGCGCUACCUGGUGGUGGUGGAGGCCAGGGAUGGAGGGGGUUUGGCGGGGACGGGCACAGCCACCAUCAUGGUCUCAGACAUCAACGACCACCCGCCCGUCUUCACUCAGAGGGUCUACAGCACCCAGGUGGCGGAGGAGCUGGAGGUGAACAGCGAGGUUCUUGUGGUUUCCGCGACAGAUGGAGACCAGGGCGAGAACGCCGUGGUAACCUUCAGCAUCGUUGGGGGCGACGAGGACAGGAAGUUCUUCGUGGAGACCGACAAGGUGAACCGACGCGGCGUGAUAAGACUCAAGAAGAAGAUCGAUUUCGAGAAGCCCCACGAGAGGACUUUCAAUUUGACCCUGAAAGCCGAGGACGCCGAUUUCUUCAGCCUGGCCUACUGCCUCAUACAGGUGGAAGACUCCAACGACCACGCCCCCGUCUUCUUCCCACAAUUCUACGAGGCGCCCGCCAUGUCUGAGGACGUACCGAUCGGGACUAUAGUCGCUCAGGUUUCGGCCGCUGAUCAAGACUCGGGUCAAAACGGACGCUUUUCCUACAGCAUCUCCAAAGAGUCCGACCCGUACGGCCAGUUCCUGGUGGACCAGUCCGGCUGGGUCGUCGUGGCCGAUUCCCUGGACCGGGAGAAAAUCUCGCAGCACAGGAUCAUCGUCCUCGCCACCGACACCGGCAGCCCGCCCCUCACCGGCACCGCCAUCGUCAUGGUUACCGUGCUCGAUGUCAACGACAACGGGCCGGAGUUCGAGGUGACGUACAGGCCCAUCGUUUGGGAGAACGCGCCGGCCCCCCAGCCGGUGAGGAUGAACGAAACCUCCCUCCUUCUCCACGCCACCGACCGCGACACCUCGCCCAACGGCGGGCCCUUCUCCAUCCGCCUCCUCCUGCUCACCUCAGACGCCACCAACUUCAACCUGACCGACCUGCGCAACGGCAGCGCCGCCAUCACCGCCCUGCGGACCUUCGACCGCGAGCGGCAGAAGGAGUACCGCCUCCCGAUUCUCAUGAUUGACAGCGGUUCUCCUCCAAUGAGCUCCACCAGCACGCUGACGGUCGUCAUCGGCGACAGGAACGACCACCCUCACUCUCCGGGCCACACCGACUUCAUCGUGUACAGUUACGAAGGUAUCCUCCCAACGACGGUGCUCGGACAAGUUCAAUCGCCCGACCUUGACGACUGGAGCGAGAAGGUCUACCGAUUCGAAGGCAAACCGUCCAGGCUGUUCAGUCUGAGCCAGGACUCGGGGCAGCUCAGCAUCAGGGAGGGGGUUCCUCCGGGCUCGUACAGCCUGCGGGUGCGCGUGUCGGACCGCACCUGGCCCGACGUCACCUCCACCGCCCAGGUGCUGGUGUCCGAGCUGCCGCAGGACGCCCUGCAGAACGCCGCCUCCCUGCGCCUGUCCAACGUCACGGUGGACGAGUGUUUCAGCAGCAGAGGAGGAGAGGAGAGUCUGUUCUCCCGUCUGGGUCGGGCGUUGGCCGACCUCCUUCAGACUCUGCCGGAAAACGUCCAGAUGUUUUCGGUGGGCGACGCCGGCCGGCGGGGCGAGAGGGAGGUCAACGUGUGGUUCGCGGCCCACGGCUCGCCGUACUACAAGGCCGAGAAGCUGCACGGCUACGUGGCGGCAAACAGGGCCAAGCUGGAGGCGGCGCUGGGCGUGUCCAUCGCCCAGGUGGGCGUGGACGACUGCCCGUCCACAGACUGCGGCGGCGCGGGCGGCUGCAGCAGCGUGGUGUCCUUCAGCCAGGCGCCGGUGGCUCUGAGCCGAGGAAACGUCUCCCUGGUGUCGCUGGCGGCCUCGGCCACACCCCUCUGCGGCUGCCGCGGACGCCAGGCGCCACACCUGUCCUGCUCCUCCCACCCCGCCAACCCCUGCCUCAACGGGGGCACCUGCCAGGACGGCCCGCUGGGAUACCGGUGUAAAUGCCCUCCCAUGUUCGACGGCCCCGAGUGCCAGCAGACCAAACACACCUUCGGGGGCCAGGGCUACGCCUGGUUCCCUCCCAUCAUGCCUUGCUUCCAGAGCCACAUCUCCCUGGAGUUCCUGGCGGAGUCGGCCAACGGCCUGCUGCUGUACAACGGCCCGCUUGGCCCCGCCCACUCCGGCGAGCAGGAGGACUUCAUCGCCGUCGUGCUCCCGGAGUGGUCCUUUGACUCGGACAGCGUGGUGCGUUUCCAGCUGCGAGGCGGCGGCAGCCCCCGCCGAACCCACGUCCAGCUGCUGCUCCGGACCCGCGCCUCCUCCGGCACCCUGCUCUCCGUCACGUCCCGGGACGCCGCCGAGUUCAUCGUCAUGGAGAUCGUGGACGGGCUCCUGGCGGUGCGGGCCGACCUGGGCGACGGCGCCCGCGCCCUGCGGCUGCCGGGCCAGCGGGUGGACGUCGGGCAGUGGGUGCUGGUCAGCCUCAGUCGCCAUGACAACCUGUUCACCCUGCGGCUGGAGCGGGGCGGCGGCGAGCGGGAGGUCGAGGCCCGGCUGGGGAACCGGAGGGAGAUCGUGGUCGACCCGGCCAGCGUGAUGGUCGGCAACGGACCGAACCCCGGAGACGAGGCCGACUUCCAGGGCUGCCUGCGGGACGUUCGUUUUAACGGCCAGGCGCUCCCUCUGGACGGGCGGAGCUGGGAGUUUGCGGCGGUGCUGGAGAGGCGGGGCGUGACGCCGGGCUGCCACAGCGACGCCUGCAGCACGCAGCCCUGCCGCAGCCCGCUGCACUGCAUCGACCUGUGGAGGAAACACCAAUGCAGGUGUCCCGCCGGUCAGGUGGCGGUGACGGAGGACGUGUCGGGUCAGCAGCGCUGCGUGCCCUCGCCCUGCGGACCCUCGUCCUGCCGGAACGGCGGCGUGUGCCAGGCGCUGUCGCCCGACAGCUACCGCUGCCGCUGCCAGGACGGGUUCAGGGGUCAGCGCUGCGAGAUGGGCCAGGUCAAAGGUCACCGGCUGGCCGCCCUCAGCCCCAGCUCCAUCCUGGCCAUCAGCAUGUGUCUGCUCGUCUUCUUUGCGGUGCUGGUGGCGGUGACAGUGUGGAACCAGAAAGGCAGCCGUAACAAGUUCAGGAAGAGAGGCGUGUAUCACAUCCCUGCCGAGCACGAGAGCUGGGAGGACAUCCGCGAAAAUAUCCUCAACUACAACGAGGAGGGGGGUGGGGAGCAGGACCAGAAUGGUUAUGACAUCACCGAGCUAAAGCGGCCCCUGUGCUCCAGCCUGUCCCAGUCCUCCUCCUGCACCACCGCCCCACUCAUCAAGUCCUCCCAGGGUUCCCAAGAGGAGGUGCACCCGUCCGGCUCCUCCUGCAGCUCAGGCGCUCCCUACCUCAGCAUCCCCCACCACCACCAUCACCACCACCACCACCAGCACGCCGCCAGCGCUAACUACACCGGCGACGCCAACUAUGCUAACACCGCCAACUACGUGAACCACGGCGCCCACGUGAACAGGGACGGCGAUUCGAGCGACGGGUACGCGGACGCCGCCCCGGCCGCCUCGCGCUCCCACAUGGACUUCAAGAGCUACGUGGCGCGCAUCAUCUGGGAGGCGGACAACGACAGCGAGGCGUUCCCGCCGGACGCUUACCACGUCUGGUGCGUGGAGGGCUCCGGGUCGUCGGUGGGGAGCCUCAGCUCGCUGGGAUCGGCCGCUUCCCGUCGAAACGCGGCGCCGCCGGGGGAGGACGAAGACGAGGAAGAUGACGAAGGAGGGUUUGGUUAUGAUAGGCUGUCGAGGUGGGGUCCCAAGUUUCAGGUGCUGAGCGAGAUGUACGAUCGGCCCCAGCUGACGCUCACAUACAGGGACGCCGUGGCGUACAUGCAGAGGAGCCACAGCCACGACCCCCUCCCUCAUCCACACUAG